AGUGAACGCAGCCAGCCGACAGGUGGGUUGUCAUCAAAUUGAAGGACUGAGUCCCGCCAUCAUGAGUGACAGCGAGGAGAGCCUCAAGGGUGACCCCGUCCCUGAGAGCAAGGUCGAGAACUUGGAGAGUGAGAGAGCCCUGGGCAAUGUCACCUUCAGCAAAAGAGUCGUGAAGAUUAUGGACGAUUUUCGGGCUGGCGACAAAGGGAAGAUGUGGUGGGCUGUAUUCUGGCUGUUCGCUGCUCUGUCCGUAGCCUCCAGAUUGCACUACAUAAGCGAACCUUACAAAGUCGUGUGGGAUGAAGCCCAUUUCGGAAAGAUGGUGAGCUGGUAUAUCAACAGAACGUUUUUCUUCGAUGUGCAUCCAGUUGGUGGAAAAUUAUUACUAACCCUCUUCGGUUACCUGGGCGGUUAUAACGGAACUCAUUCGUUCCACGAACCCAGUUACACUUACGAAGGAUACAGUGGCAUUAUGCCCAUGAGGAUUGGCUGUGCUUUAUUAGGAGCAUGUUUGGUUCCCUUUGCAUUUCACAUCGUUUGGACUUUAACGCGAUCCCUACCUGCGUCUGCCUUCUCAGCUGGUCUUGUUACGUUUGAAAUUGGAACAAUUACUCUAAGUAAAUUCAUUUUGCUGGAUCCUUUGUUGAUGUUCUUCAUCAUGGCGUCUUUCCACGGACUGUGUCUCAUACACGAGUUUCAAGAUAGACCCUUCAGCAAAGGAUGGUGGAGCACUUACCUUUAUACCGGCGUGAUGCUUGGGUGCGUUCUCAGCGUGAAAUUUGUGGGCCUAUUCAUCGUCCUUGUGGUGGGUUGCUACACGGCGCUCGAUCUCUGGCAGAAGUUGGGCGAACUGAACCGACCCCUGGUGAGCGUGUUCGUCCAUUUCCUCGCUCGCUUUUUGUGUUUGAUCAUCAUACCUGCCGCCAUGUACCUGACCAUCUUUUUCAUUCACGAUCAGAUUCUCAUCAAGGCGAGAACCAAUUUCGCUGGUGAUGAAGGCAUUUUCAGUCCGGGGUUUCAGAUGAGGUUAGAAGACAAUGGACUCUACAAUAUGACACAGCCGUAUGAUGUGGCUUUCGGGAGUGUGUUGACCCUGAAGAAUGGAAAUUUGGGCGGCGUGUAUUUACACAGCCAUAACCUAACCUACCCUGCCGCCCUCACUGGGAAGGACCGGAUGCAAGUCACGGGGUUUUCGGCGAAAGACCAGAACAACCUCUUCCGAAUCCUCUUCCCAGAAGACGACCCAGACCUGCCCGACGGUUUCUACAAUGGCGCUCCAGAGUACAUCAUGAAUGGCGACUGGGUUAGAUUGUACCAUCUCCAUAGCAACAGCCUCCUCUCCUGCGCCAAGAACAAAUCCCUGAUCACCAGGAAGCAUAACUUGGUGUACGGAAUGCCCUAUAAUCUGACAGAUCCAGAUGAAGCUGCUAAUCUAACCUCCCAGUAUGAAAAUAACGAAGAAGCUCGACCUCCGAAUGACAAGUUAUUUAUAUUUUCACCCAUUUCCACCCGCUCCCCACACCCCCCUUUGGUGCCAGUGAUGUCUUACUCUCACAGUACUCUUUCCCUGAUGCUACGUUAUAUGUAUACCAAGGGCUUCGGUCAGCAUGAGAUAUCCUGCGGUGGUAAUCUCAUGGACCGGUACACUGACUGGAUGGUCGAGCAGCAAAUGAAUCCUUAUUUGCCCAACAAAACGUUCGAACGUUUCGAGACGACCUUCCUUUCCCGCUUCCUGGAGACCCAUCGAGUGAUGACGUGGGUCAACUCUCGCCUGAAGCCAGAGGGAAGCGACAUCUACCAGUCCCACAGGCCUUGGAUGUGGCCUAUCUGCGUCAAGUCUCAGGUCUGGUUCGAUGUGGAGUUUCGAAUCGUCCUUUUGGGCAAUCCAAUUAUAUUCUGGAUCAACUUGAUUUUCCUCUUCGCCGGGCCGGCAAUAUUAGUCUUUCACCACUACAAACGGAAGAGGGGUCAUAAAGACAGCGAAGAAGUCAUAGAACGGAAGGAGAGGAUGAUAUUCGCAUGCAAGUGGCUGCUGUUGGCGUAUUUAUUCCAUUACGUGCCCUUCUACACCAUGAAUAGAAUUCUAUAUUACCACCAUUACUUCCCAGCUCUACAGUUCUCAUCCAUGUUGACUGCUGUGGUAUUCGGGUAUUUGUUAGAGACUCUGGGAACGUGGCUGCCACCGAGAAGAGCAAACCUCGCGUUUCACUGGGCAACGAUUGUCUUCUUUGCUGUUCUUGUUUACAGUUUUUACCUCUACUGCUACGUAGGAUACGGCCAUCCUACAGAAGGUCCUUUCAACCUGGAUAAUUCGACAUUCAGGAACGUCCGCUUCUUUGACGACUGGGAAAUCUAGAGCUGUUUAGACGACUAUCUUUAAG